GCGCGCCCCCGCGGAGCAGAUACACCACCCACCUUUUUAAUUAUCCCCGGAAACAAGGGGACGAUGUCAAAUAGUUGCGAUGAAUGAGAUCCGCUGUUUGUCCGAUUUUUGUUAGAGCUGCUAAGCUCCACCUCGGGUGUCUAAAAUGGCAGCGGGGGUUGCGGUGCAGAUGCAGCGCACAGAGACCCUCCUCCUCCCCAUUCUGCGUCACCGGCUCUGCUCCAGUCACAUUUUACAGCAAAAAAACAAGCCGAGCAGCCAGCCCGGCCGGUGUGAGCCGGCUCCAGCUCCAUUUGGGGGGUGUUUUUUCAUUUAGAUAUACCUUAAAAACACGCAUUUUUUCCCCCCCCUGCUUUUGAAGCACCCCCGGGGGGAAAGCAGAGAAAAUGAGGGGACUCCUGCCGUUUUUCCGGGGCCUGCACACCGUGACUAACCGUCAAGCCAAGCGCAGGGCUGGGAUUGUCGGGUCUCGGUGCGGGCUUUGCGGAACUCAGUCCGUGAACAAGCCGCAGCCCAGAUUUGGGCUGCUCUUCGACAUCGAUGGCGUGCUCGUCCGGGGAAGGAUGCUGAUCCCCGCGGCCAAAGUGGCUUUCGAGAAGUUGGUCGACUCUCAGGGACGGUUCGUGGUGCCAGUAGUUUUUGUCACCAAUGCCGGGAACUGCCUCCGGCAAACAAAAGCAGACCAGCUCUCUCACAUCCUGGGGGUGCCAAUCACGCAUGACCAAGUCAUCAUGUCCCACAGUCCCUUGAGGAUGUUCAAGAAGUUCCACGACAAAUGCGUCCUGGUGUCGGGACAGGGGCCGGUCCUGGAAAUUGCUGACAACGUGGGUUUCAAGAAUGUGAUCAGCAUUGACAUGGUGAGGGAGUCGUACCCGUUGCUGGACAUGGUGGAUCACAACAGACGACCCAAACUGCCGUCUAGUCCUUUGGUCAACCUUCCUAAAAUUGAAGCUGUGGUUUUGUUCGGGGAGCCCGUCCGAUGGGAGACUAACCUGCAGCUGAUAAUCGACGUUUUAUUGACCCACGGUAACCUCAACACUCCGCACCAAACCCACGCCGUACCUCACCUCCCCCUGUUGGCCUGCAACAUGGACCUGAUGUGGAUGGCCGAGGCGAACUCCCCAAGGUUUGGCCACGGGACGUUUCUUGUGUGCCUGGAGAACAUCUACAAAAAGAUAACGGGCGUAGACCUGAAGUACGAGGCGCUCAUGGGAAAACCCAGCGAGCUGACCUACCAUUUUGCAGAGUCCCUUAUCAGAAGCCAGGCCAUGCAGAGGCAAUGGGAACUUCCCAUCACUUCCCUUUACGCUAUAGGCGAUAACCUCAUGACUGAUAUAUAUGGGGCCAAUAUGUACAACCGCUUCCUGGAGGAGAGGGCCGCCAGGAAGAACCCCAAAGCUGUCGCGAAGGUGGCGGCCGCCACCGGGUCCAGCGCCGCCAUGCCCGGCGGGGAGGAGGAGAUCGACAGCAUGUGGGAGAGUGAGCUGGCGCUGCCGUCCGCCACCUCCUGUAAGUCCAUCCUGGUUUGCACGGGGGUCUACAACCCCAACGCAGAGGUGCCGUCCGACGCCAGCCGCUGCAUCAAAGAGACGGUGUUCCACGGUCACCGGGACUUCAGGUUCGACCCCGCGCUGGUGGAGCCGGGCCACAUCGUGAAGGACGUGGCGGAGGCCGUGGACCUCAUCUUCCAGCAGGAGAAGUUUGUGCCUCAGUAGAGACGGCUAGAGGCGUUAAAGCGGGAACGCACCACCUAAUGCAGGAAAGCGUUGGGAGAGAGCAUCACUGUGGACUUUGAGACAGGGCAUUAACAUAGUUUAGGUCAUCUU